AUAUAUAUAUAUAUAUAAAUUUAUUUAUUUUAUAUAACGACAUAUCCGUAUCAAUUCGCCAUUAACAUGAUGCUUCUCGAAAUUGUGAUUAUGUAAUAUUUCAUUUAUUUAAAGCGCCCAUCUCGAUUGUAAAAGCUGCUUUUGUUGUAUCGAUUUUCGUUUAAAACAUUUAAAAUUUCGAGAAAGUUUUCGAGCUACCAAACUGUCAUCCGCGCCAUUUUCAGCAGAGCUAGGUAAUUGCGCAUAAAGUAAUGUAACCGAAUGACGAGAUAAUCGAAAGAGCGUCAUGACGCACGCAUUCUGGGUAAAAUCGUUGUUGCUGCUCAAAAUGGCUGUCGGACGAGAGAUUUCCGUUUCGAGGUCGUGUCCACAUUCGAUGUCAUGUCUGUUUAGUUACAAAGUAUCCAACGUGCGGAUCGUCGAAUCGACGCGGAAAAAAUUGCGGGAUGAUUUUUCCUGAAUUAAUCGGACUCUUUUCGCGACCUUUUAUAUCGCGAAAGUUUCUCACGAGAGAUAUUUUUUACGUUUUAAUAAUUGCUUUUCCGGUCCGCGCACGUACGCACGUAUAGCCAAAGGAUUGUGUGACGCAUGCGCCGCUUUAUCCUUCUCUCCCUCCCAGCUGAUCCGCCGCCGCCGCGUCCAAUAGCCUUUAUCGUCUUAACGUUGCGGCGACGGUAUUCGCUGACGAGGGGUAGGAUCUGGUGACGAGAUGGCGCGCGCGUUGCAUGUCGGGACGAUGGUCGUGGUGGUGGGGGAGGGGAGAGUGAGAAGAAGCGACUCGAGUUCACGAAAUGGCGGUCUAGCUCGCAAGUCUGUGACCAUACAGUACACGAUACUCGAAUAGUUUACCGUGAUGUCGAACCGCCGACAUCAAUAACGAUCUGUUAUCGCGAACACGUGUAUACGUGACAGUGAUACUACUGGAUUUGGCGCGAUUUGUAUGCGGAUCGUUAAGAAUACGACGGGUUGUCGGUGCGACGCGUAGACGGGACCAUGCAGAAAACAUUAGAAUCCGAAUCCGGAAAGGAAUCCGGAUCCGAUUCGGAGAAUGAUAGCAAAAGCGAUAGCUCUUCUUCCGGAAGCAAUAGCGGCUCAGGAUCAGGCUCUGACAGUGACUCUAGUUCCUCGAGCGGUUCCGGUUCUGGAUCAGGUUCUGAUUCAGGAAAAUCAGAGAAGUCGGAUGCACCUGCUGCACAAAGUGAUAGCUUCCAGAGCAAAAGCUCGAAUCACAGCACAGAAACAAAGCUUAGAGUUAAACAUGAGUCCAGCCGCGAGUGGGACGAGAAUCCUGACAUAUACGGCAUUAGGAGAUCCGGGCGUUCCAGGAAGGAACCCGACAGACUCGCGACGAAUCGCGAUAGCGAUAGCGAUGACAAGAAGUUUAAGAAGAAAGGUUCACACAAUUCCUGGAAUUCAGAGAGUUCAGAUUCUGAAUCAGACGAAUCUGAAAAUCGAAGGCCGCCUGCUAGCAAGUCCCUGAACAGACGCGCGGCGCAAAAAGCGAAAGAAAAAGCCAGAGUGCGAAAAAAGCGGAUCUCAGAAUCUUCUGAAAAUUCUUCCUUUGAUAGUGAUGAUAAUAGAAGGCAAGUCACUAGACGGACUGGUACAGCAGUUAGUUAUAAAGAAGAAAGUGAAGAAGGUACUGAUAGUGAAGAUUUGGUUGAAGUUGACGAAUCAAAUCAAGCUGCAUCAACUGAACCUGAUAAUGCAGAAACUAUUGAACAAAUUUUGGGACAGAGAGUGGGCAAGAAAGGAGUUACUGGCAACGUGACGACAAUCUAUGCUGUUGAAGAAAAUGGCGAUCCCAAUCCAGAGGAUCUAAGUAAUGUAGAAACCGAAAUACAAUAUUGGAUAAAAUGGAAAGGUUGGUCUCACAUACACAAUACAUGGGAAUCGGAGGAAUCCUUAAAAGCACAAAAGGUAAAAGGAUUGAAAAAAUUGGAUAAUUUUAUCAAACGUGAACGCAGACUGGAACAGAUGAGAGAAUACGCUGAACCAGAAGAAUUGGAAUACUUUGAAUGUCAAUUAGAACUCAAGCACGAUCUUUUGAAAAGUUACAACAAUGUCGAGAGGAUUAUUGCUGAAUAUAAAAAACCAGACUCGGAACAUCCUGAUUAUUUUUGUAAAUGGGAGAAUUUACCAUAUGCUGAUGCCACAUGGGAAGAUGGAGCUUUGAUAGUGAAAAAAUGGCCAGAAAAGAUAAAGGAAUUUCGUGAUAGGGAGGAUUCCAAAAGAACACCAAGCAAACAUUGUAAAGUUCUUAAAUCUAGACCUAAAUUUUAUCAACUGAACGAACAACCAUCUUAUAUGGGCAAAGAAAAAGAUUUAGUAUUAAGGGAUUAUCAAAUGGAUGGAGUUAACUGGAUGAUUCACUCUUGGUGCAAGGAAAACAGUGUUAUAUUAGCCGAUGAGAUGGGUCUUGGCAAAACAAUCCAAACAAUAUGCUUCCUUUAUUAUCUUUUUCACACGCAACAACUUCAUGGGCCAUUUUUAUUAGUGGUUCCUUUGUCAACUAUGACUUCCUGGCAAGAGAUGUCUCAAUGGGCACCUGAUAUGAAUUUCGUCGUUUAUUUGGGUGAUGUCAAUUCACGUAAUGUUAUUAGAGAAUAUGAAUGGUGCUAUCGAGGAUCGAAGAGGCUAAAGUUCAAUGUUAUACUUACAACAUACGAGAUAGUACUUAAAGAUAAAGCACUGUUGGGUGCCUUAAAUUGGGCAGUGCUGCUAGUAGAUGAAGCUCAUCGAUUGAAAAACGACGAUUCUCUUCUGUACAAAGCACUUAGCGAGUUUCACACCAAUCAUCGUUUGUUGAUCACCGGUACUCCAUUACAGAAUAGUUUGAAAGAGUUAUGGGCUCUAUUACACUUCAUUAUGCCUAACAAAUUUGUCUCAUGGGAAGAAUUUGAGAAACAACAUGAUAAUGCUGCGCAAAAAGGAUAUUCCAAACUACACAAGCAAUUGGAACCAUUUAUUCUGCGCCGAGUUAAGAAGGACGUUGAAAAAUCUCUGCCCGCUAAAGUUGAGCAAAUUUUACGGGUAGAGAUGACAUCUUUACAGAGACAAUAUUAUAAAUGGAUAUUGACUAAAAAUUAUGAAGCGUUAAGAAAAGGCAUGAAAGGAUCUAGUUCGACAUUUUUGAAUAUCGUGAUUGAAUUAAAAAAAUGUUGCAACCAUGCUUUUCUUACAAAACCGAUGGAAGUAGAAAGGGAAAGAAGCAAUGAAGAUUAUUUGCAGACACUUAUCCGUGGUUCUGGAAAAUUAGUACUAUUAGAUAAAUUAUUAGUGAGAUUGCGUGAUACGGGACACAGAGUAUUAAUAUUCAGUCAAAUGGUCAAGAUGUUAGAUAUUCUCAGUGAAUAUCUGCAAAAGAGACAUUUCCCAUUCCAAAGAUUAGACGGCAGUAUAAAAGGGGAACUGAGAAAACAGGCAUUAGAUCACUUCAAUGCUGAAGGAUCGCAAGAUUUUUGUUUCCUGUUGUCAACGCGAGCCGGCGGUCUCGGUAUUAAUCUUGCCACCGCGGAUACUGUGAUAAUUUUCGAUUCCGACUGGAAUCCACAAAACGAUUUGCAGGCUCAGGCUAGAGCACAUCGAAUAGGACAAAAGAAUAAGGUCAAUAUUUAUCGAUUGGUCACCAAAAAAUCGGUUGAAGAAGAAAUUGUGGAACGUGCAAAGCAGAAAAUGGUCUUGGACCAUUUAGUGAUACAGCGGAUGGACACAACUGGACGGACAGUAUUGGAUAAGAAAAAUGCAGGGACCAAUAACAAUCCAUUUACCAAAGAAGAUUUAACUGCUAUUUUGAAAUUCGGCGCGGAGGAUCUGUUUAAAGAUGAAGAAGACGGAGAUGAGGAGCCAUCUUGCGAUAUCGAUGAAAUACUAAGAAGAGCCGAAACAAGAGAUGAAGGUCCAACGACGGUUGGCGAUGAAUUGUUAUCCGCUUUUAAAGUCGCUAGUUUUAAACCUACUUUUGAAGAGGAUUUGGAACCUAUUAAUCAGCCGAAUGAUAACGAUGAUGAAAGUAAAGACUGGGCUGAAAUCAUUCCGGAAAACUUCCGAAAAAAAGUAGAAGAAGAGGAGAAAUCGAAGGAAAUGGAGGAUCUUUAUUUGCCACCAAGAAGUCGAAAAACGCUUCAGCAAAUCAAUCAGGGCGAAGGAAGAGGCAGAAAACGCAAAAAAGUAGAGGAUGAUAGCGAAGAAGAAGAGGAAUCGGGUAGCGAAGCAGAAGGUAGUGACGAUGAAAGACCCAAGAAAAGAGGUAGACCGAGAGUUUUGCCGCGCGAGAACAUCAAGAGUUUUACGGAUGUUGAAAUACGAAGAUUCGUUAAAAGUUAUAAGAAAUUCCCGGCACCUUUGAAGCGAUUGGAUGAUAUCGCAACUGAUGCUGAUUUACAAGAGAAACCAAUGUCGGAAUUGCGCUUUUUAGGCGAACAAUUGAAAUCUAGAUGCGACAUGUGCUUAAUGGAGUUCGAAAACAUGGCGAAGGAGAAUAAAACGGGCGAAGAAGAAGGCAAGGGGCCCGGCCGUAAGAGAGGACGGGGACCUACUUUCAAAAUGGGCGGUGUUAUGGUAAACGCGAAGUCAUUUUCGGCUGCGGUUAAAGAACUCGAACCUUUGGAACAAGCUUUGCCAUCUGAUCCUGAGCAACGCGCCAAUUGGCAUCUCGACAUUAAAUCGAAACCAGCAAAUUUUGAUUGUGAAUGGACUUCCGAGGAUGAUUCGAGAUUAUUAAGGGGUAUAUAUCAACAUGGUAUGGGUUCAUGGGAAGCGAUAAAAAUGGAUGCUAGUUUGGAACUGGGGGAUAAGAUUUUCCCUAAUGGCAGUAAAGUGCAACUUAAACGUGUGAAUGCACGCGCGGAAUAUCUUUUGAAGAUUUUGAAGAAACAAAUUGAUCUCAAGUUAGGAGUGACUCGAAUGAGAAAACCAAGGAAGCCCAAGGAGAUAAAAACAGCAAUCACUAAAGAGAUUGUAGAAGAUAACGAUACUUCUGGUGAUGAAACUAAAAAAUCAAAAUCCAAAAAUGAUAAAUCUGGAAUUAAGAAAGAAGAAGAUAAUGUUGCAAAGAAAGAGAUCAAAGAUGAAAUUGAUGAUUUAUCUGAUGACAAGAAAAAGGAUAAAAAAAUUAAAAAGGAGAAGAAAGAGAAUAAGAAAGCCAAGAAAAAUAAACAAGCUGCAGGUCCUAUGCAUUUUACUGCGAAUAAUGAACCGAGAGCUGUUGAUGUAAUUGGCGAAUUGGAUCCUCCGAUAUUUGAUGAGUGUAAAGAGAAGAUGAGGCCAGUGAAGAAAGCGUUAAAGGCUUUAGAUACACCAGAUAUGUCUUUAAGCGAGGAGGAACGAGUCGCUCGUGCGCGUCGAUGCCUCUAUCAAAUUGGAAACCAUAUCAACACAUGUCUUACGGAGUAUAGAAAUCCUGAACAAAUUAGCGAAUGGAAAAGUAAUCUUUGGUACUUUGCUUCAAAGUUCACAAACUUUAAAGCAAAGAAGCUUUAUAGGAUGUAUAAAAACUUAGUGAAGCAAGGUGGCGAUAGUAAUGGUGGUACCACAUCGAGUCCUGACAAAAAAGAGGAUGCUUCCAAUACUACAAAGAAACAUAAUGAAAGGUCAUCUCACGAUAAACAACAGGGAGAAAGCGGUAGCAGUAACAAGGACAGCAGAAUAACAAAACGUAAAAUUGAUGAUACCGAGGAGAACUCAAAUAGCAGUAUACAAAGUAAGAAACAGAAUAUUUCUGCUGUCAGCAGCAGUAUCACCAGCACGUCCACAGUUACUAUUGGUGCUAUUACGAUUACUCCUAUAACAUCAACGCCAAAUUCCACAUCAAGUACUACUAACAGCGCAGAAACAUCACGACAUAAAGAGCAAAAAGAGUCGAAGCAUAAAGAUAUGAAAAGGGAUAGAGAGCGUGACAGAGAUAGAGAUAGAGGACAUAAUGACAGGGGUAUGGAUAGGAUAAGCGGAGGAAAGGACGACAGAAUCAGGAGAGACAGUGGAGGAUACAAUAUGGGGCAUUACAGUGGAAGCAGGGAGGACGAUCAUUGGCCUAGAGAUGGAAGAGACAUGAGAGACGGCAGGUACGGAUUCGGAGAUCACAAACGCGACCGCUUCGAUAUGUAUGGCCGAAUGUCCGGCGGUUAUCACAGAGACAGGGACAGGGAUCGAGAUCGUAAUAUGCACAUGAAUGAGAAAAGAAGUGAUUAUUACCGUUAUUCGUCGGGACCACCGAGUUAUGGAUACAAUCCGGGUAGUUAUGGUGGGAGCAGCGGCAGCGGUGGUUAUCCUCCAACGGAUAUCGCAUCGGGGCACUUUAGAGGUCGCGGAUAUCUAGGAGAUAGUUAUUCCGGUGAUUGGCGAUCAAACAAGGAUUAUAGACGAGAUUACGAUAGAAGGCCACCACCACCAAAUGCCAACUCCUAGUGCUUCUUUCCUCUUCGGUUGUGACACGAUAGUGAUACCGUUACAUGUAUGAUUUUGAAUAAAAGUUGGUUAUAUGCGUCUCUAUAUAAAAAAUGGUGAUAAUCGUGCGGUGUGUGCACGGCGUUUCUGUGACACGAACCAUAUACAUGUAUAUAUAUAUUGAAAAUCUUGACGCUGUAACGCAUUGGUUGCUAUAGAAUACUCUAGAAACUAAAAUGGAACGUAUUCUAAACGCUCCGGAGCAUUGAUGGCGUCAAUUGGUUCGUAUUUCUGCCAGAGUAUUUUUUGUUAUGUAUAAUAAAUAAACUGCUUCCACGCUCUGCGCAUACAUUUUGCAUUUUCGAUAUUUUAAUUAUGUACAUAAAUAUGUACGUAAAAUUCAGUUUAAAUAUAUAUAGCUCGGGCACGUGAGGAUUCAAAUCCCAUAAUGAUACAUUUUACUUAUCGUCAUCGUUACGAAUUCUGAUUCUAUUCGGACACUAUCCAAUAUUUGACUAUGUUAACAAUUAAUUAUAAAUGGACAUGAUGUAACGCACACACACAAUAUCUAUUAAAUUGUACAAAUUGUUUUAUUAAUCACGUUAUAAAUUUUCUAAAAAAAAAAUUGAAUAUGUAUUAAAUGAAAAUCUAUUUCAAAAAAAUACAAUUGUACGAAAUUGCUCGAUUUGAUGGAGCAAUAUGUCAAUCUAUUUUGCUUGAUAACAAAAUAUCGGCAGCAAGGGGACAAUUCGAACAUUUAUUUAGUAUUCACCAAAAUUAAUCUAUAUACAAAUCAAAACAGAAAUACAAUUCAGGUUGCACUUUUUUUCCAUAGUCUUUUGAUGUUUAUGAUUUAAGGAGAAUAGACAAGAAUACUAUAUA